AUGGCUGGAACAGGUCGUGAUGAUGACUUCAUAAAUGGCGACUUCAGUCCUGGAAAACGAUGUGUUAAUAUGUGGGAUGAAGGCUGCUCAAAUGGACAGUUGCCAGAUGCAGGUAAAGACGAUGAUUAUAUGAAUGGUGGAUUCACUCCUGGGAAACGCUGCAUUGGUGAAAACUGUAAUGGAAGAUCUGAUCAAAGCACUGGAAAUUAG